UACACCAAACAAGAAAGGCCCUCUGGUUUGGUUUCUCAGAUUUUUGGACGAAGGGAAGGAAACAGCAUUCAUUGUUGUUACGAGGCAACAAGAGAAAAUGCAGAUACAAUCGAUGCCGAUGUUGGACAAGAAUGGGAUUAUCUCAGACAAGAACGAAUGAAACAGAGGACUUUGUUUUCAGGUUCGGCGGGUUUCUCGAAUAUUUGGGAAAUAGAUCGUGAUGGCUGUUUUGGCCUGAAGUGUCUCCCUUUUCUUGGCUGAGCUUAUGGACGGUUUUGAAGAAGAAUUGAAACGAGAUUGGAAUCUGGGGUUUGAGGAGAAUUAAGCUACAGAUGGAUUAGUCCGACAGCUAUAAGCAGCAUCACCAAGGCGGAUGCAGAGGAGCAUAGAUAUGGGAAUCUAGUUUUCCUAGAUUCGCACCCUCCUUCAGAUGGAUCGGAGGGUCCAAAUAAGGUUGUCAAAUGGGUUUAAACGGGUAUAUAUUUUUCUCACAUGUUUUUCUAAACCAACAUAAACCGAGAUACGAGUUGGUUGUGCUCCAAUCGAAACACAUUUUACUAAACCGGCAUAUAAAUAGUGAUGGCAAAAGGGGGGGCGGGGCAGGUUCCUCAACGUAAAACCCGCGCGGAUACGGGGCGGGGCGGGUCGACCCACUUUUACAUGUUAUUCGAAAAAGGAACCCGUCCCGCCCCACGCUACUGCAGGGAGGGUAAAACCCGCGCAGGUACGGGGCGGGGCGGGUCGACCCACUCUUACAUGUUAUUCGGAAAAAAUACAAGUAAAUUUUACUUUUUACGAUAAAACGAAGGGUAAAACAAUUUAAGAAUGAAAAAUAGUGAUAAUAGAAUGGGUAAUUGAGUCUAACAAGUUGAAAGAGCGACUCUAACUAGUUGAAGAAAAGUCAAAAUAGGAGAAAUAUGUAUAGAAAUUGUAAGAAAUUGAGAUAAAAUGAGUCUAGAACGGGGCGGGCGGGUCAGAAGUAGAUACCCAUGCCCCGCCCCAUGCUACUGCGGGUCGGGCAAUACCCGCCCCAUCGCGGGUCAGGUCGGGUAAUACCCGCGGGGCGGGUUGAAAUUGCCAUCACUACAUAUAGAUGCAGGUCGGUUGUGCUCCAAUCAAAGAAUACCAAUUUACUCGGGUUAUUGCAUGAUUGGUUACUGAAAUUAUAAAAAACGUUCAUGUUUGGUCACUGAAAAUAUUUAAAUUCAAUCUUAGUCACUCAAAUUAGUUAAAUGGUUCAAGUUUGGUCACUAUCCGUCCAUUUCUGUUAACUCUAGUUUACGUGGCAGUCAACUUUCAUAGUUGACCGUUAAAUAUGUGACGUGGAAAUUAAAAAAUUAUUAAAAAUAAAAAAAUAAACUUUCAUAUUUUCCACCUCAUUAUUACAUUCAUUAAAAAUAAAAAUAAAAAAUAAAAAUAAACUAAUCUUUUUUCUACACCCCCCAAAACAUAAAUUUUUGUCUGCAAGCGCGCCGUCUCCGCCAACUCGUCGCUCCACUCCGCCUUCGACCUCAACGCCUGCUUCGAUUCUGGGCCGACAUUCCCUCGUUGGUGGUCUCUGGAGUUCGAGAGGCGAAUCGAUUCCAUGAUCCGCUCUCCAUCGCCUGGAGCGACAGAACCUAUCCAUCAAUCUCGUCGCCGAGAGGUAACGAAAGACGGUUUCUUUAAACCCUAGAAAAAUUGAAUUUUCAAUCGCAUUUCUUAGAUGAUGAUUUAGAGAAACGAUUGGGAUUGAAUUGAUUUGAAUUUUUUCCCCAGGUGCCCUAAGCUUCAAUCACUUUCGAUCCAGACCUCACUGAAUGUCACAGACGCAUCCAUGGCUACAAUCUCCUUGAAUUGCUCGCAACUUGUCGAGCUGGACAUCAGAUAUUGCCACGAGAUCUCACACAAAACCUUGGCUCUCGUGGGCGAAAUUGCCCGAACCUGAAAACCCUGAAGAAACUUCUACAACUGGUUGGAUUCUUCUUCCCAACGUCCAGGGAAUGUGCCAAACUAGUACCUCAUGGCUUGCCCUUUUGAAGCAGAUUCAGAAAUCGCUGCAAUUGGGAAGUUCAUGACAGGGUUGAAGCACUUAGAGCUUCGAUUCUCGAGGUUAACGGCCAAAAGGAUCGAAUCAAUCAGCGAAAGGUGCUUGAAUUUGGAGUUCCUGUAUUUGUUAGGGUGUGUUAAUGUAGGGGGUGCUGCGAGCUCGACUUUGAGUAGGUUGAGAAGCCGGAUUCUGCAUUUCCAUGUCGUUGAUCGGGCAUUCAUUGGGGUGUGGGCAUUGAGAUUUGUCUGAUGAGAGGUUUCAGACUGAUGCAUUAUGCAUCUGGAUGAUGCUUCUGGUGUAAAAGUUGCCUGCUUUGUGAACUCUCUGUAGUUUUUUUGAACUUACUCGGUUUCGCCGCUGGUUCUGGUUUUCGGGUACGAUUGAUUUUCGUUUCAUAUAUGUGGUGAUGGUGAGGUUGGGUCGGUUAGGGUAUUGGGGGUGUGUGUAUUUUAAUGAAUGUAAUAAUGAGGUGAAAAAUACAAAAGUUUAUUUUAUAUUUUUAAUAAUUUUUUAAUUGCCACAUCACAUAUUUAACGGUCAACUAUGAAAGUUGACUGCCACGUAAGCUAGAGUUAACGGAAAUGGACGGAGAGUGACCAAACUUGAACCAUUUAACUAAUUUGAGUGACCAAGAUUGGAUUUAAAUAUUUUUAGUGACCAAACAUGAAUGUUUUUUGUAAUUUCAGUGACCAAUCAUGCAAUUAACCCGUAACCCCAAUUUACUAUAAUGACAUAUAUACUGGUUUAGUAAUUGGCCCGUCCAAUUAUUAAUUUGAUCCAUUUUUAUAUAUUUAUAAAAUUCAUGGAAUUACUGAUCAGAACGCAUUAUAUUCGGUUAAGUGUAUUUCAAUUAAAAUGUUGGUUUAAUUCGGUGCGGACCAAACGGUUCCACACUUUCAGCCUGAUGUGUGUUGGUAAGUAUAUGGCUCAAUUGAUGAAUAUCAGGCUAGUUUUGGCAAAAAUCAUAGCUGAGUUUAUGGGCGACUUGAAAGGAUAAAAACGAGUUUGUACUCUGGAUUUGAGUAGGGCUGAGAAUCGGUGCGAUUGCGGUUAACCGCAACCGAAAUGGAGCAAUAUACACCAACUGCGACCGCACCGCAAGGGGUUUGCGGUUAACCACUAACCGCGAAGUGAGGUUAACGGUUAACACGGUUAACCAUGUUGCUAACCAUAUUUAUGUUUUGGAGACAACGAAGUAGCUCGCAUUUGAAUUAGAACAAGAAGGAGAGAAAUAAGCUCAAAGAAAGUGAUUUUGGUCUAUGGUUGUGACGGAGGUUAGUGUGGUUAGUGCGGUUAACCGCAGGUAACCGCGUUAGUAAUCGGUUAAAAUGCGUUUACAUGUUGUUCGGUUGCGGUUGCGGUUAACUCAAAAACCGCAAAACAUGCAAUAAUUCUAACCGCGACCGCAAAAUACCCUAUUUUUUGUUUUGCGGUUAACCACUAACCGCACGGUUUCGGUGCGGUUAGUAAUUUAACCGCAAAACCGCAACUGAAUUCCCACCCCUAAAGUCGAGGAGAAUUGAGCUACAGAUGGAUUCUUCUACUCCAAUAAGCAUCAUCACCAAGACUGAUGCAGAGGAUCAUAGAUAUAUCAAUAUAUGAAUUCCUAGAUUCGCUUCCUAGUCCAUAUGGAUUGGGAGGUUCAAAUUAGACACGUUCAUAUUGAGAAUAAGGAUACCUCGAUUUUUGAAUUUAGCAUAAUUUCAAUGGUAAUUGUCCCGAUUAUAUAUUGAACAAACUAUGAUGUUUUGGGAGGGAGAGAACCCUAUUACAUUAUGUAACAUGUUAGAAUGUUUUGUGCAUCAUCCUUUUUUUUACCUAAAAAAGUCACAGAUUUCCAAAUCAACUAUUUGUCCCAAAUAUCAGCCCACUAAUAUUUAGUUCAUAUAUAGUUAGUAGCCGUAGCGGAGGCAGAAUUUGAAUAGGAAUUGAUAUGAAACAUGAUAUUUUUUUAUAACCCCAUAACCUCAACUCCACUCCACAUUUGAGACUUUCAGACUAUUGGCACCACAGACCAAGUAAAAAAAAGUGUGGAAGCUUCCAUAGAAUGUGGUAAAUGAGAGCUCUGUUUAGACUUUAGUAUAUCAAUUCUUCCCCAUCACAUUCACAUGUGGAGUACAUGGAUCGACCAUUACUCCCAUUUUAAAAUUGCAAUAGCUGAUACCUUUUGACCUAAUCCAUUGUUUGAAAACCCAUGGUAUAGAAGAACAUAUAAAUAACGAAAAGAAAACGUUCUUGGCCUCCUCUUCUUUCCUCUUCCUCGACCCCUCCACGUUGAUUCCUGACACGUGCUUUUCACUUCACACUUUCCCUAUAUAAAACAACCCAAAAAAACCCACCUCUCUCCCCCCAAUCCCAUUUCCCAUCACCCUGUAGCAACGAGAGCUACCUAAUCCGCAACUCACCAAAUUAGUAACCCUAACUUUUUUUUCUUCCUGAGUUCUAACAUUUCCUACUUCUCACAGCAACCAUGUAUACCCUAACAAGCCACAUAACAAUGUGCCUCGUCGUCCUCGCCAUCGUCGCACUCGCCGUCUCGGCCACAUCCGCCGCCGCCGUCCACCAUCGACCAACCAAGCCCACAUUUAUCAUUCAAGACGCCACCCUCUACAGCUUCAACCUCACCAAAUCCAAAACGUUCCUCAACACCACCCUCCGGGUCACAAUCUCGGCCGGCAACCCGAACCCUCGGGCCGGGAUCGAGUACGACACGCUCGGCAUAUACGCUGCGUACCGCGACCAGCAAGUGACGAAUUUCGCGGACCUCGUCCACGGCUACCUUGGGCCCAAAAAGGUGGUUACGUGGGCCCCUGCGCUGAUGACGGGUGACGGGGAGGACGUACCGGUCACACGGGCCCAAGCACGGGCUGUGGGCCGUGACUUGCAGGCUGGGCUCGUUGUGAUGAAUGUGACGGUGAACGGGAGGAUGAGGUGGAAGGUUGGGCCGCGGCGGUCCAAGAAGUACUACUUGGCUGCGUACUGCCCGGCUUACCUGAGAGCUUCCGAGGGGAAAAGUGGCGGCGUCGGCGGGGGUGUUAAGUAUCAGCUUGAUCAAGGUUGCAGUGUUACGUUGUCGACUUGAUUGACUAGUAAUUGGUGUUUACCGGCCGGGGUGGUUUCUUUUCUUUGCUGAACGUAUUACGCCUUUUGCUUAUGUUUUUAGUUUUUACAUAAUGAUCACUUGUUGUACGGUGGUUGUGAUGAGUAUUACAGGUGGUGUUUUUGGAUAAUUUUGGUGUGUGUGACGGUUAUAAUUGUUAAUCGAAACAGGAAUAGAAAUCGGCACACAGA